CGCGAUACUAGCUACUUACCUACCUCCAGCAAGACUCUGACGAGAAAUACAGAAGAUAUAGUUUUAUCACAGCACGGCCAUGUUUUUCCCUCGUCUCCUCGCUGGCGCGGCUACUUGGUCCCUCUUCCUCUUCACCACUGUGCUCGCGCGCGGCCGCGCCAUCGUCACGAAUGAAUGCCCAGAACCCAUUUACCUGUGGUCUGUCGGCGGCAAAAUCAGUCCGCAGUACACGGUAGCCCCGUCUACGUCCUACAGCGAGACCUUCACGCACGACCCGGUGUCCGGCGGCAUUGCAAUCAAGAUCUCGCCCGUCGACGGCGGCAUCUUCAAGCCCAAUGUCAGCCAGACUAUCUUCGCGUACAACCUCGACGGCGAAAAGGUCUGGUACGACAUGAGUGAUAUUUUCGGUGAUGGCUUUGCGGGCCGCACCAUGACGCUCAAGCCGAGCGAACCCACGUGUCCGGAGAUUGUCUGGGGCGCCGGAAAGCAGCCGGCGGGGAGUACGGUGCGGUUGUGUGGUGCCGAUGGGAAUCUGGAGUUGACGUUUUGCACGGGCAAGUGCUUGCCGAGUUGGUAUCCUUGUGGAAACAAUGCGCCGGGAGAUCCGAGGGUUUGCUGCACGCAUUGCAUUGGAAGUCAUCAUUGUGUUGCGGCUCCUUGA